UUGCCCACAGACGUUCCCAGAAGGAAUGGCGCUAGGCAAGAGUUGUUGUAGAAGAGGCGACACAGAGUGUUCGCUCUGGCUGUCUGGUCGUCUGCUUUGUCUGUUGGUGGCCUUAGCUCCGACCGUCUGUGCUGGCGUGUCACGUGGUGUCAAUGGUGACGUGUCACGUGCUGUCAAUGGUGAUUUGUCACGUGCUGACUAUGGUGACGUGUCACGUGGUGUUAAUGGUGACGUGUCACGUGGUGUCAAUGGUGACGUGUCACGUGGUGACAAUGGCGGGGUGUCACGUGGUGUUAAUGGUGACAUGUCACGUGGUGUCAAUGGUGACUUGUCACAUGACAAACAAACAGAUUCCUCGUGCGUGGUCUCCCAGGUGCCAGAGGGCGCCGUUGUCGAUUGCCGGGCUCAAGCUCUCAAAGAUGUGCCAACUCACGAGAUUCCACAGAACGCGGUCGAACUGUACCUUGAUGACAACUCCAUUCAAGCUCUGCACGACAAUUGCUUUGGCCAGCUCCCACGUCUGAAGGUUCUCACCAUCUCUCAAAAUCAUCUCAAGUCAAUAGAUGGCUGUGCUUUUUGUGGGCUGGCUGGUUUGAAACACCUAAACCUGGAGAAAAAUCAACUCGACCUCAGUGCGUCCAUGUGGGGAAAUGAACCCUUCAGAGGUUUGUCGCAACUGGCAACUCUGAACUUACUGGACAACGAGAAUGCUGUCCGUCAAGGAGAGUUUCAUAGCCGUUUACUGGGUGGUCUUCAUAGUCUGGACACUUUGUCUCUGGAUACAUUUAAAGGAAAUCUCACAUUUGGCCAGUUGUUUGCUAACAUGACGUCACUACAUCAUCUCCUUUUAAGCGGAGGUGUCAGCACGCUAGGGAACAACUCUUUUCACAGCCUUCACACCCUCGGACUUAAAGAACUUGCCUUGAAUAAUGUCUACAACUUAUAUACAACAGAACUAGAUGCCUUCCAAUAUUUACCUAGUCUCCAGUCGCUAACAAUUAGUAACACUCAUCAAGGUAUAGAAGUCACAUUACGAAGCUUGUACCCGUUUCGAAAUCGUACCAUGAAGACCUUGUAUUUUUACAAAAUUGAAAAAUCUCAGUUUGAGAAAGGAGCUGCUAAAUGUUCUGAUGGUGUGAUAGACGCUUUUAAAGCGGAAUUUGUGUCUCAAAUCUGUGUAGAAAGAUUCUCUUUAACAGAUAGUCGAGUAACAACUGUGGAGAGCAACACGCUUAGUGGAGCCCAGUGGCAGAAAUGUGUCAAGUAUUUGGAUGUUUCGGGUAACCCGCUGACCGGAGAGCGGUCAAGCUUGCUACAAAUCAUGAGGUUUAAGGCAUUGCAAGAGUUAAAAAUAUCGUUUAGAACAACUUCAACUCUCAAACUAUCAGACAACAACUUAAGGAAGCGACAAAAAGAACCUCACAGCAGUUUGAAAGAGUGGGCCAGAUCUUACAACCCAGAGGCUGACAAAAGUCUUCCGGUUAAGGUUGUUCAUGACCAAAGAAAAACAAUGUCGCUUCCUACGAGAUUUGUUCCAGCCGACGAAAUGGAGGACAGAUAUCUUCCCACCUUGACAAGCCACCACUCUCAUGACUUCACUCACAAUACAAGUCUGGGGUAUCGGGAAGAAUCUCACAAAGGUAACUCGCAUUCCAAAGAAAACAACGUUUUUUAUUUACGAAUUCCAAAGACGCUUAUUGCUUUGUACGCGGAGAGUUUUACCCAUGCCUCUUCAACUGCUGCUAAAGAAAUACAUUUUGUUGGAGGAGAAAAUCUACGAGAGAUGUACCUAUCAGACAACAACAUUGUGGACUUUUCUGGGUUCAUAAAGGGCCUGAGAAAUCUACAGGUUUUUGACAUUUCAAAAAACGAUUGUUCCGCAAUGUCUGCAACAUUUUUUCAGUUUCUUGUGGGAAUUAAAACCCUGAAAAUGAAAGGAAAUAAGUUAGACAGCAUGUUUAUGUCCAGACACAGCGAACAGUUGUUCCGGUCUCUGACCUUUCUAAAGUCUCUGGACUUGUCAGACAACCAGCUCAAUCAUCUAGCCGGAGAAACUUUCCGGGAUAACUCGCAGCUCCAAACCCUGAACUUGGCCAACAAUCGGUUCACAGACAUUCCGCUGGACUUGACUCUUCUGCCCAAUCUCACUGACUUAGACCUCAGCGGGAACUCCAUUUCCCAACUGAGCAAGAAGGGCAUUGCGUUUGUGGAACAGCACGCUCGCACCGUCAGCGAGUUCUCCCUCCAGCUGUCGGGAAAUAUCGUGGUGUGUACCUGCUCCAGUAUCCCGUUCCUCGCCUGGCUCCAGAACACAAAGGUCACCCUGGACAGACCCAUGAGCUACAGCUGUGUCACAGAGGAUGGGAGGCUGACCACCACUGCUGAGUUUGCUGACGUCAGAGCUCUGUGGCGGAAGUGCCACGGGGGAUCCGCCCUCCUGUUCUCCAUUAUUCUUCUGUGUCUCAUGUCCCUUGGAUUCCUGGUGACCGUUUUGUGUUGGACAUUGAAAACACGGCUCAAGUCGUUGGUCUACAGAGUGUUCAUCCAAGGUUUCAACCUGCACGGCCCGGCCGACUACCGACACGGUGUUUUCAUCGGCUACGCUGACGCCGACACCAGGCUGGCCUGCUUCACUCUCAGAGAUUUCAUCCACUCUCGACUUGCGCUGUCUACCUAUGUCAGGGACAUUAACCAACUUCCGGCCUCCAACAUGGCUGAGUCGAUUGUGAACGCGGUGAAUUCCAGUUGGAGAAUUGUCCUAAUCGUGACGUCCGAUUUCCUGGACAGAGAGUUGUGGUCGUAUUUCACCAUGACAACAGCUGCCUACAUGGUCAGUCCGGCCAACCCAGGUCUGAUCGUUGUUCUGCUGGAGGAAACCGUUCGCCACCGACUUCCAGCCUCUCUUCUGCGUUCACUUGAGGAAGACAGCAUUCUGUCUAUCCCUCCAUCCCGACAUUUGUCACAAGACAACAUGCGUAGACUUCGGGACUUACUUCAGCCUGCAAAACCGUAAUAAUUCUCUCCUGAAAAUGGGAACAUCAUCAACAUACCCAUAAUUAUUAUGUACAAAAUCAACAUAACCAUAAUUAUAUCCUGAAAAUGGGAACAUAAUCAACAUAACCAUAAUCAUGUCCUGAAAAUGGGAACAUAAUCAACAUAACCAUAAGUAUGUCCUGAAAAUGGGAACAUAAUCAACAUAACCAUAAUUCUCUCCUGAAAAUGGGAACAUCAUUACCAUAACCAUAAUUCUGUCCUGAAAAUGGGAACAUCAUUACCAUAACCAUAAUUCUGUCCUGAAAAUGGGAUCGUAUUAAUCGAAAGCACAAUACUUGUGUCCUGAAAAUAAGAACACAUUCAACAUAACUAUAACCAUAAUACUUCUUUCCUAAAAACGAGAACAUAAUCAACAUAACCAUUAUUAUGUCCUGAAAAUAGGAACGUAUUCAACAUAACCAUAACAUUUUUUUCCUAAAAAAGGGAACAUAGUAACCAAAAGCAUAAUAAUUAUAUCCGGAAAAUGGGAACAUACUCAACACAAUAUUCAUAAUAAUUAUGUCCUGAACAUGGGAAUUCAUGUAUAUUCAAAAUGAUCACUGUCGAAGCUUGAAGUAAAUUGAUUGUUCAAACACUGUAGUAUUUGGCUGAUGUCUCUGAGAGUUUUCACACUGCCACAGUUUGUGUAAGUGACGGUACCUUACAGUCUUAGAACAUGACUGUCAGGUACACUUGACAUUGUCCAAAGGGUGUUUGCCUAUUUCAAGUAACAGUUGGGGAAGAAACUUUUUAUCAACAUCCCUUUGUAACACACGCAAUCACAUACACAGACAAACUCAAGCAAG